AUGGGCGCGCAAUUUACCAACCGCGAUUUUCCUAUUCGCGUAUCGCACGCUCACGAGCCCAAGCCUCCUGCCGCCGACCUGUACCGCUACUGGAGAAGCCAUGAAGAAGAAGGUUACCUGGAGCGACACUGGCCCGAUGAGCUGGACCACGAUGCCUGGGUCAGCAGCAUCCGCAAGAUUCUUGUCCGCCAGUUUCCCGAGUUCGUCGACGCCGAGAUCCAAUACUUUGCCAAGGGCACCUUCAACCGCCUUUACAGUCUCACCAACCCCAGCUGGGAGAAAGCCUACAUCUUCCGAGUUUCGAUUCCCGUCGAGCCCUUCUUCAAGACCGAGAGCGAGAUCGCCACGAUGGAGUACGUCCGACGGCACACCUCGAUGCCCAUCCCCCGUGUGAUCGCCUUCUCCUCGAGCGACGACAACGAGCUGGGAUACGAGUGGAUUAUGAUGGAAAUGAUGCCCGGGAAACCUCUGCGCAAGUUGUGGGCCACCAUGCCCGAUGCUGCGCGAGUCGAGUUGUUCGCCGAGCUGGCCAGUUAUGUUAAGCAGCUCGUUGCGCUGCGGUUCAGCAAGUUUGGGAACCUCUACUUCGCCGACGUCGCGGACCGCGUGCUGGCUCUCCAGGCCUCGCUGUCGGUAACGACCUGCAACGGCAUCGAUGCUAACAUGGACAGGGACAUCGGUCCUGGCGGCAGUUUCGUGCUUGGCCGGAUUGUGGCUCAGGAUUUCUUCUUCGACAAGCGAAUCUACUACUCUGGCUCACGCGGACCCUUCAACACAACCCGUGAGUUGGUCGACAUGCGCGUGGAGCUCCUGGGUCAGCGGAUCCGGAACCUCGCGCCCGUCGAAGGAGAGGCCUGGUACUGCGAGAACGACCGAGAGCUGGACCGCAAUAAGGACCGAGUCUACGAACUCUUCGAGCAGCUGAAGACUCUCGUUUCGCGACUCGUUCCGCCCGACAACGGACCGGAAGAUGUGGGAGUACUGUGGCACGACGACCUUUCGGAGCAUAACCUUCUCGUCGAUCCUGUCACCUUCAGGCUUACUGCUGUCGUGGACUGGGAGUCUGUCAGCAUUGUCCCCGCCUACGAGACCUACGAUGCGAGACCGGCGUGGCUGUCGGACAGGGACUGGAGACCAACGCCGUUGGUCCAACUUGCGCGAGGCGUUCCGCCCAACGACGAGUUCCUCGUGGCAGACAAGUUGCGGAGGGUCGGCGAAAUGGGUCCAGCUAGGCUCGCAUACCACGCCAUUGUUGGGCCACUGUACGACACAAGCUCUCCCGAGGCCCGACAAAGGGUCAAGAACAAGCAGGGAAUUGCUAAGCAGCUGGAGAUCGCAUCGUUUCAGCACCGACCCUGGUGGACGGCCGCAUGGUUGGCCGAGAACGGAUUCGGCGGGGGGCACGCUGCUCAGGCUGCAAAGCCUGCUGACAAUGCCCUGGCCGACAUCAGCAACCAGAACCGUGCUGCUGACCAGAUUCACGGCGUCGGCAAACACUACGCGGCCGCCAACAGCUAG